AUGGACUAUAAGAAAAUUUCAGAUGACGUGUCUAGGAAAAUGUUGUCGUACAUCAAAGAUACAUCUGGAUGGAAAGAGAUUAAAAAAGGAAAACUUAUUACAGUGUCAAUUAGACCAUCAACAGACUACCCGGGAAAUAUAUACCGCGUGGAAGCCACCAUUGAGCAACCGGCUGAAAAAGUCUUUCCGUUUAUUUACCUUCCUGAGCAUCGCACCAAGUGGGACAAAUCAUUACAGUUGUACAGGAUUAUAGACACACUCGAUCAGGACACUGCUAUUUAUCACAGUGUUACCCACAGUUUUGGCAUGGGGCUGGUUCCGCCAAGGGAUUUUGUCUACCUUGUGCAUAUUAAAAAAUACAACAGUCUUCUCACGACAAAUUCCACCAGCGUGGAUCAUCCCAAAUGCCCUCCGUGUUGUUCUUACGUUCGUGGUAAGACCUACCCUUCCUGCUACGCGUGUUACCCCUCACCAGAAAAUCCAACGCACUGCAAAAUGGUGGCAAUCGUCCAGGUGGACUUAGGAGGGAUGCUGCUUCCCUCAGUGGUACACUCCGUCAUGCCAACUAGCCUCAUGAACUUGGUCACAGAUUGCAGAGCUGGAAUUAAGGCCUUGAAAUAUUAA